CCCCUUUCCCUGAUGGUGUGGGGGCUGCUGGGGGCGGAUGAAUCGCGUCGCGCCCAGACGCUUCCUGAUUGUGUUGCAGUAACUGUCAUGUAGUCCUGCCGUGUCUCUCUUUCCCUUUUCUGGCUGUCCUGGUGGAUCUUGGCUUCUGUAAGUCCAGAUUCGCCCAAAUCAUGGGGGCUUCACCGCAUCUCUGAGAGAAGAGGGCUUCCUUUCGCCUGGCCUCUGCUCCAGGGUCAAGUUCUGAGCCGGAAGUUUUUUCAGGACUGCCAGAAUACUAGGGAGGGUUGGGACGAUCUCUGAUACCUGGGCUACGCGGGUCUGGGGUCCCUGGAGAUGGUCCAUGGAGUGAAGAUACAUCCCUGGAGAUGGUCCAUGGAGUGAAGAUAAAUCCAUCCCUGUUGACUGAACCUAGAUGUUGCCGGGUCAGUCCAUUCUGGAAUACAUGCGUUCAACAGGCAGGGUAGAGAUUUAGAGCGGGAGCUUUGGACCCAGCAACUUUGUGGCUGUAGGACCUUAGGCACCUUGUUUAAUAACUCUCGGCAAAAUGGGGGCGAUAGUAACUAAAUCAUUGGAGUGUUGUAACGAUGAAAAAUCAAUGUAUGUAUAGAUCUCUGCCAGGAAACGUAAACUAAAGUAGAUUUGAGAUUGGUGAAAAUGAGAUCAGGGAAGCCCUGCCCUCAGACUAUUGCAGAGAUUAUAGAACCGGCUCUGUAACCCUGAGUGUCCAUCAGCAGGGUGAUGGUUGAGUAAAUUGUGUGUUACAUCCAAACUAUGCAGUAUGGUAAAGUAGUUAUUUUAAAAGGGUAAAUUAGCUCUGUGUCUCUUCUUCAGGAAAGAUAUCUAUUGUGUAUUCCUGGGAGAAAAGCAAAUUGCAGAGAUGUGCAUUCAACGUAGUAUGUUUACAUUUUUUGUAAAAAACACCUCUUCCCAUAUACUGGUGUGUUUAAAUGUUUGUAUGAGUAUGGAGAAAGGUUGUAGAGGCUGGGAGGAUGGAUAGAGGCAGAGAGGGAGAUAAGGGAAAACAAGAAAAAUAAUAAGAACAUUAUAGCAAAAUGGAAAAUAUGACUAAAAUUAUAUCUUAACAUUACAGUUAUUAUGUUAACGUUGCAUAUGCUUAUAGACAAGAUGGGACUUCUAACAGGCUACUAGCCUAUUGGAAUAUAGCCUCUAAAGCCACACUUCUGUGAUUUAAGUCCUAGCUCUGCCACUUCUCAACUGGUGACUUUAUUAGCCUCAGUUUUCUCAUGUGUAAAAUGCACAUAAUAAUAGUAUGUGUCUUAUGAGGUUGAUAUGAUGAUACGUAUUAGCAGAGUUAAUAUGUAAAGAACAGUACUUGAUUCAUAGUAAAUGCCCAAUGAAUGUUAGUUGCUACUGUUGUCGUUAUGUCUUUAAAUAGUGAAAUUAAUUUGUUAACUUUUAUUGUGGUUACUGACAUAUCUGGACUUACUUCUACCGUCUUAUUUUGUAUUUUCUAUUUUCGACAUGCUUUUUGGUGUCUUUUCUCUCUUGCCUUUUAUUGUGUUAACCAAUUUUUCUUUAUCCUUCUCCACUGCUCCCCAACGGGUUUGGAAAUUAUGCAUUCUGUCAUUAAUUUUUUAAUGGUUACUUUAAAACUUUUAACACACAUACUUAACAAAGUUUGACAUUAUUCGUUAUCUCUCUCCUCCUCCCAAAUAGUGUAAGGAUUUUAGAACACUCUGCCUUCGAAUAGUCUCCUUCUCAUCUUCUGUUACUGUUUUCUGGAAUUUUAGAGUCCAUCACUUCUAUGUGUCUUUCUGAGUCAGCUCAGUGCACCAUAUUGUUUAGAAGUCCCUCAGACUUUUUUUCUAUGUAUAUACAAAUAUUGUAGAGUGUGUGUGUGUAUUUAUAAAUAUACACAUACAGUUUUUCUUUCACAGAAAAUAUAUUCACCUAAGCUUGCUCUUUUCCUUUAGCAUAUUGUGGUCAUCUUUCCAUGAUGGUCUGUAGAGAAUCCAUCUAAAAAUCCCUUCUCUCUCGGGGGAAUAGUUGGCGGAUGGGGGAAGAAAUGUGUGGCACUGGAGGUGUUAGGACGGGUACAGUGCUGCCAAGGUUAGCCCUUAUAAAGGCACAAAUCCACUGAUGGCCUGUCACUUGUCCUUAAAGUGAUAAAGGUUUUUCCAUUACCCAUUCAUUUCCAAAUGGCUUUUCUAAUGGUUUUUCCUUAAAACUUUCCCAGAAGUUUUAUAGAAGUGAAGUGUGAAUGUGUAUUUAGAAAAAGACAACACCAGAAACCUUAGAAGCGACUCACAAGUGAAAGAACAGGUGGUGAUGAAGGCAGAUAAAAGCCAGUUGAUAUUUUAGAGACUGUUGAUUUGUUUCUUGAGAACUUUGCUUGCAUUAGCAGAUUAUAUCACUCCCAAAGCAUGUUUUAAAAAAUAUGUACAUGAAGAUGUGUAUGUGUGUGUAUUAUAUUUACAUUACUUCAUAAUAAAAACUUCUGUAUUUGAGCCCCUAGAAAAAAGGUGCAAUUAUAAAAACAUUAACCAUAAACUGAACAGUAAUGGAGAAAGGAAAGCUUGGUUCUUCUAGCUCUGGACAAAGUUACAUGUUAUUUUUUUUAAUGUUGAUUUCCAGCCAAAGUGCAUUCUCUGAUGCUUUCCUCAGAUUUCUUAAUAUUUAUAUUUAUCCCCACAAUACAGAGAAUCACUGACAAUAGCAAUUUAUCCAUUAUACUUUUUCUUAAACACAGUCAUCUACUUUUCCUUGCUUACUUUUUCCUUUGGUGACGUGUCAGUUUACCGUGAUUAGGGUGGAACUCUUAAGAAGCCCCCAACAGCAGAAUGUGGGUACACAGCAUCAGAGUCCUCCACUGUGGAGAGAGUCAGGUGGGCAUUUCUCUCCAGCUGAUCUAGUGGGGUCAGUAUACCUGUACUGAGCUGAGGAUUCUGAAUUUCAUCUUUAAAGGUAUGGAGAUGAAACUUUUUUUGUGCACUGUGUCACAGGAGAACCCAUCUCUGCAUCUAAGAACAUGGUGGCUGAUGUCCUCUAGAGAUGCCAAGGACCUGUAAUGAAAGACCUUGGGUCAAAAAUGAAGAAUUCUAUUUCUUCACUUGAGGAAAGAGUGGGAAGAGGAGAUACGCAUACACAAACAUUGUAUUAUUAUCACUUAAAAGAUGUAAUAAAAAAAGCACAGGCCUCUUGGCAGGAGACCUGGGUUUUAGACUGUCAAUGAUUACUCUUGCUUAGCCUCAGAUUCGUUGUUGUAAAAUGGCAGAGAGGAGGAUGAUGUUCACGAGAAGUUCUCAGGUUGGAGUCUCUGGUAGCAAUGGUCAGACUCAACUCUUUUCAGCAUUUCUAAAGUCUAACGGCAGUCAUACAUUACCUGGGUUAAACAGAGGUUGGCUAAAGCAUUGGCGUUUGCUGUUUUUACCUGGAAUUGAGUUAACUUAGCAUGGAAAAGCAGAUUAUCUCAUGCUCAUCAGAAGCUUUGAUUGUCAGUCUUUUAUGUUAUUUAUUAAUAAACUGGAAAAAUGAAAACAUGGGUUUGAUGGGGAGAGAUAAUAAAAAUUAGUAGCAUUCUAGAAUCCUAAACUUCGUUUUUCAAACAUACUAGUUUUAUCCUAUGAAGGCUCUUUCUACCUUUAUAUGAAUUUAAUUAAAAAAAAUACAGCUCAUGUGUGUGUUUAAACUCCUUACAAAACUUAAACAGCUCAGGUGAGACAGAAUUUCUGGAGUAAGAGGAGGAACCAGCAAAUUCUUGUCUCAAGCUCUUUCUGAAAAAAUUCCAGACAAUCCAGUUUCUUCCUUUUGGAGAUGUGUGUGAGCUAAGAAAGCAAUCCCUUAGGAUGAAGCUGAGUCUGACCGCGGUAGUUAAUGGCUGUCGCCUAGGAAAAAUAAAAAACCUAGGCAAAACAGGAGACCGUACCAUGGACAUUCCGGGCUGCCUUCUGUACACCAAGACUGGCUCUGCCCCCCACCUGACCCAUCACACACUGCAUAACAUCCACGGGGUUCCCGCCAUGGCUCAGCUUACACUGUCAUCACUGGCAGAACAUCAUGAAGUUUUGGCAGAAUAUAAGGAAGGAGUAGGAAAGUUUAUAGGCAUGCCAGAAUCGCUCUUGUACUGCUCCCUGCAUGAUCCAGUCAGCCCCUGCCCAGCUGGUUAUGUGACAAACAAGUCUGUGUCUGUGUGGGGUGUUGGAGGACGAGUGGAAAUGACUGUUUCCAAGUUCAUGGCAAUCCAGCAGGCCCUUCAGCCCGACUGGUUCCAGUGCCUCUCAGAUGGAGAGGCAUCUUGUGCGGAAGCAUCUUCCAUAAAAAGAGCCAGGAAGUCUGUUGACCGAUCGCUUCUCUUCCUGGAUAAUUGUCUGCGGCUACAGGAAGAGUCCGAGGUCCUUCAGAGAAGUACGAUCAUUGGAGUGAUUGAAGGUGGAGACGUAAUGGAGGAGAGGCUGAGGUCAGCGCGAGAGACAGCCAAGCGGCCCGUAGGUGGCUUCCUGCUGGAUGGCUUUCAAGGGAAUCCAAUGACCCUGGAGACUAGACUGCACUUGCUGUCGUCAGUCACUGCAGAGCUGCCAGAGGACAAACCGAGGCUCAUCUGUGGUGUUAGCCGGCCAGAUGAGGUGCUCGAGUGUAUUGAGAGAGGAGUGGACUUAUUUGAGAGUUUUUUCCCUUAUCAAGUGACGGAGCGGGGAUGUGCCCUGGCUUUCAGCUUUGAUUACCAGCCGAAUCCUGAAGAGACAUUAUUACAACAGAAUGGGACACAGGAAGAAAUAAAAUAUGUGCAUCAAACAAAGAAAAUUAAAACAACCCAUUGCAACCAAGAAAUGACAUCAUUUGAAAUUAAUCUGAAGGAAAAAAAGUACCAGGAGGACUUUGAGCCGCUUGUGAGAGGGUGUUCCUGUUACUGCUGUCAGAAUCAUACUCGUGCGUACAUCCACCAUCUGCUGGUGACCAACGAGCUGUUGGCUGGGGUCCUGCUUAUGAUGCACAACUUUGAACACUACUUUGGAUUUUUCCACUCCAUCCGGGAAGCGCUGAAAAGUGGCAGACUGGCACAGUUGAAAGAGCUCAUCCGUAGGCAGGCAUCUUGAGACCUGGCAUACACAGUCUGAAUCUGCACCUUGAGCCUGUACCGCUAUUGUAAUUUGGGGAGAAGAGAACAAGAAAGGAUCUUAGCUUUAAUAUUUAUGUUUGAGAAUAAGGUCUGCUCAAAUAAGGAACGUCUGUACCGAACUCUGCCCACUUGAGGCUCAAGAGAUUUCUUCUAAAGACUUAAAUGACCUGGGUUGAUCAGAAAGAAUUGAGCCAUGACUUUUAAUGUUUCUGUGCUAACUCUAAUAGAGAUUUGUUUAGUCAAAGACAAAAGCUUUAGGUGUGAAGGGACAGCCGUGAAGUGGGGGUGAUGAGAUUCUGAGGGUUCACUGAGCUGGAUUGGAGCUUGAAGGGAGAUGAUUGGUCAUGAGUAGCAUGACUUCUGUGGACACAUGUCUGUUGACUGGAGAAGGAAUCUGGCUGAUUCAAGAGUUUUCUUUAUUUUAAUCCUUAUAGUCUCAGGGACCUCUUAUGGACAUUUCUGCCUUCCACACUGCCCCGGCAGUGCAGUUCAGUCAGAAAUGGCUCUUGUGACUUAACCAGGCUCCCGUCUCUAUGGAAGGUGGGGCUCACACAUCGCCCCUAUGAUCGGUUGGCCCAGGCACACUCCUUCAUUUGACCACAUGGUCUGUUUGUGACUUGUCCCCCUAGAGCCAAUGCAGUUGCCUGUUAGGAGCCGAAACUUGCUGAGCUGCUUUCAUCUGAUCACAGAGAUCCACUGUGAUCUGUCCCUCAGGCUCAUUAAUAGUCUAACCACAUAAUAACUGUAGCCCCAUCACUUGAGGCUACACAUUCCGUGUGUCCACUUGGACAGAGCCCUGGCCUGGCAGUUAGAGGAUCAGGUUUCAAUUCUACUCAGCUGUGACAACUGGGCAACUCAACCUCUCCAUAGCUGUUUCCUCUUGAAAAAAUGGGGACAGGCACAGUGCAUAGGACUAAAUGAACUUCUAAGAUUCCAUCUGGCCCUAAUAUUUGGGGACCAAGAAGUUUUAGAUUAGAGUCAUAGCCUUCCUUGUGUGCUUGUUUAUUGAUCACUCUUGGCCUGUUGAAAAAUGCAGUGGUGCCAGGAGCCAGGCAACAGUACAGAUAUUUGAGAGCCUAAAAAAGAGAUUUGGCCUGUGGAUUUUGAAGUGGUUGGUGAAUUGGCAUCAGCAGUUCCUGAGGCUGGGAAGAGCUUCUUGUAUUGUCUCUGAUUCUAUGAGUUUUUUUUUUGCUCUCACCAAAGGAGUGACAUUUGUGUUGAAGGUGUGACAGGUGAUUUUAAUUUUCUUUGUGCUUUUCUAUAUUUGUCAAGUUUUUCCUAAGAAUACACAUACAUGUACGUGUAUGCACAUAGUUUCUGUAAAAACAACAAUAGAACCAAAAAGAUGCCUUUGUUUUGUUUGUAGGUGUGUGAAAUAUAUUUUUUUCACAUUCUUGUGCUAUA